ACUGGUAAAAGAACACAUACAGUAUGAUGUGCCUCACAAACAAGGGUUCAUGUCGAUUGUCUUCCUGUUUUUAUCAUCUUCAUUUAGAAAAUACAAAAUCCAUACGAGAUUUAGACUCUUUAAUCUAACAUAAAAAUAGAAACAUUAUAGCUGCUUUCAUUAUAAGAAUCAGGUCUCAAUGAGCCGUGUGCAUGACGAUCACUGUGUACAGAUGCCAUUCUUCCAUGUUUACUUCACGUUUCUUAGCAACAAAGAACAACAUAGGGCAGAAAGUACAAAAGGCUGAGAGCUGGAGACUGUUUCUAAGAGACGACACUCGGCUGUGAUUUGACGACAUGUCUGCAACACCGAGCCUAGACUCCCGGGGUUCAACAGGAGAGCGGAGCCGUGGUCAAACUAAUCAUGUCCCAUUCCACGCUGAGUUUACCAAGAGGCUGACGACAAGCAGUCCGCGCUUUGGGGCCUUGAGUCAUCAUUCCUUCUUCUCCCGACACAACCCUCAUCCACACAGGGUGAGACAUCUUCAAGGACUCAACGGUCGGCCCGUUUGCAUGGUGCGAGAUGAUUGGUAUGUCACCUCAUCGCUAUUUCCCCAUCCACUUCUCAAGAGCCACGUCCACAGGAAAACAACGGAUACAUCUGUUGCUUUCCCGCUCGCUAAGAGCCUUUAUGGAGUCAGUGUUAAUAAAGACAGAUCAGCGCUGUUUUCAGAAGCCUGGAGAGAUGAACUUAAAGAACUCGCCACAAAAGUCACUUUGUCCUCUCAAGCACCAAAGGAUAAAAAAGAGGACCAACCGGAGGAAGAAUUGAUUCGCCGGAAGACCCAAUAUUCAUCUGAAACUGGGAGAAUCAUCCCACCAUCCUCCAAGUCUUAUCAACGCAGAUCGCAUUUCCAGCGCGGGGUGUAUCCUCAGCCUCUUCAUGAUCAAGAGCUCAUGGUGUUGGAGCUGCUUUGUCAGAUCCUGCAGACAGAUUCUCUGUCCACAGUCCAGCAGUGGCUUCUGCUCGCAGGCCAAAGAGAGAAAGACAUGGUGAUGGGGAUGAUCAAACAGGCUCUGGAUGGGGUGGACCUCUCGGGCCAGCAGCAGGAAUUUCCACGCAGUGAAUCUCUGCUGACAUACGGGCCAUCAUUCAAGAACUCGUGGAGAAAACCAGAGAGAAAAAGCUCAUACAAAGUGAACCCAGCUUUCAUCAGUGACAAACCAGAGAUUAUCGGAGAUGCAGAGGUCCUUGAAGUCCACACUCAUCACAAUCAUCCUCACGACGAACCAUUUGAGCACACAGAGAUCGCAUAGAGAUCACUGAAUUUAAUCAAGGAGAUGUUUCCCAUCGGCUCCUAUUUUUAUCCCGUCCAUGAUAGAAGAUAUCGAAGGGUUUCUUCUUUUUUUAGGUUUUCACUUUGUAGAUGUUUCUUAGGAACCUGCAGGUCACAGGGGCACUUCAGUUAUACAAAAUACUGCAGGUCUGAUAGUGUUACAAAUAUGUGUGGUGUGCAUUUUAAAAAAAAAAUCAUAUUUGAAACUGGGGAAAGUUCAAAUACAAGAUGUAACCUGUUGUUACCACCACAUGUUUGACAUUGGUGGGUUUCGACUGAAAUGUUGUGAUUUAAAAAUUUUAACAGAUGUUUGUGUCCUAGAAAAAAAACAUUUGACUUGUCCUGUUCUUUGGUUUAUUCUACAAUUCUACAAUUCACUUAGCAGACGCUUUUAUUGAAAGCGACGUACAUCAGAGAGUAAGUACAACACAAGCAAGGAUCUAGAAAAAAGGGAACAAUGUCAGUAAGAGCAAACGAUCAGCUUUGAGUCCGAUUGGACACACAGGUGCUGACAGGCAUUGCACAGAGGCAAAGCACAACAUUGAGGGCAGUUCUUGAGAGCUCUAAUCAGUAUAGAAACCAUCUUAUAAGUCGCCGUUAUCAAACAGAA